AUGUCUGAUCUUUUUGAUAUUGAGGAGCAUUUCGAUGAAGCCGGGGAGUUGAAAAGUGCUAAGGAUCAGCCACCUCCUCCUCCUGAUUAUACGGAGUACUUUCCUGAUGAAGGUGUUAUUGUUCGCCAUCAUAUGCAGCCUCGCAAAGCUAAGUAUGCUGUUAGCGCUGCGGAAGCAGACGUCCUGAACAUCGGCGACCUGCGGUUGACCGAGCGUCAGCUUCUUGGAAGUACUUCUGCAGAAGAACAAUGGGAUGAUGGUUUCCGGGGGGGUAAGGCUUCGGGACUUUGGACGGGAACCACUUAUUUGUUUGAUCGUGGUAUUGACAAGCACCAUGCCGUGGCUGCUGUUAAGCGCAUUCGUGACAAGAACACUGCUAAGAAGGAAGCUAGGAAACAGGCUUUCUAUGACAUCAGCCAGUUGUCUAGUGGCACCGGAUGCAUGAAACAACCCGUCAACAUCAUCGAGUAUGACAUGAAGUCUUUUCUUGAACAAGCUGUACAAAAGUACAAAGAUCUUGCUGGCCCCAAGUACCACACUCUUAAGUCAGCCUCUACUCCAUUCGCCGACGAGAAGAUCGCGAGGCCCAUCGAUGAUGAGGCCGAGGCAAAGGGUGAAUUGGCUCCUAUCGCUAGCCGAGUUCUGAUGAAGCUUUUGUUUGCUGCCAGGCCUGCUUCGCCGAUCGUCGUGCCGGACAACCUCGAGAAGAGGAUCGAGCCCGAGAGCAACGGGGUUCUCAUCGAAUGGGGACAUGAUCCGUCGUUCUCUCUGCUCGGAAUGGCAGACGAUAAUGGUAGCGGUAGCUCACCUGUCGUUCGAGUGACUCACAGCAUGGACCUUAACAGUACUCAGACGAGUAGGGACUUGCUCAAGGUUGUCAAAGGCUAUGCCAAAUCGAAUGUUCCCAUUACCGUUUGGGUUGACCUGCGCUUUGCGGGGGGUCCUGAUGACCGCAAACUCUUCGGCAAGCUAUGGAAGCGCAGCAGUGAUGGCAUCCUCUAUGCCCACCGUUUCUCUGGAGGAGCGUCGCCGACGCAUCGAGGCUUUCCGCUGGCUCUUAAGGACCCUGAUUGCCUCGCGGAAGCGAUGGCCUUUGAGGAACCGGCAUAUUUUAAGGAUGCCUAUGGCGUCGUGAAGGAGGCGUACCAGUACAAGCUGGUGGAGCCUGUGGAGUCCGAUCCGCCAGAGGCCAUUUUCCUCGGCCGUAUCCGAAACGGCGAGUGGAUUGGUCUGCGGAAGCAGUACCCCUAUGCAGGUUUUCCCCUUCUGCACGAGAUGUGGCGCCGCCAUUUCAACAGCCCGGCUCAUCAGGGAAUGCCAGUUGAGGGCUUCGAGCUCCAUGGCGAUUCCCUCCUGACGGAGUGGACAGAACUUGUCAAAUCCUACCUCCGCGACCUGGCUUAUGUGGGGCAUGCCACAAACGCCGAAAGGGCUCUCAAGGCCACUGAGCCGUUUGAUGUCUGUCACAGAGCGUAUGUGCUAUCCCAGGAAACCCUGGGUUACCACGAAUUAAUGCCAGCUGCCACGGCGUUGCUAGACUCGGUGUAUACUCCAGCCCUUCGCAGAAUCGAGCACCAAGAGCAACCAAGUUCUUAUUUCAUUAUCGGAGGAGAUAGCUCUCUCGCCUUGGUGACCCGAGACGGUGGACGCGUCCAGAUGAAAGGGACGAUGGAACCGUCACUCAGGGAGGAGAUGACCAAGGACAUCCGCAUGGAUGGCUGCUCGGUGAUCAUGCGCUGGGGAAAAGGGCUUGGAGACAUCGUGUGGUACGUGGAACAGGAGCUCAACCGAGUCCAGAAGUGGAGGAACGGCCAGGAGACCAAGGCACGCAAGGCCGUCGAAGACGCGAAAGAUGCCCUGGUUCGUCUCUCAUCCCGGAAGGGAGUGUCCUCUGUCACGCUGGUGGCUGGCCCCCACAACGGGGACUUCUACGGUCUCCCGGAGGUCUAUGACCUGGAGAUGGCCCGUCAUUCCGACGAAGUCAAAGAGCGAGGGAUCCGCAUCGUCGAUCCCCAGGCCCUCAUCCUCGCAACAGAGCGAUACGAUGGGUUUCACAUGGAGGCUACCCACGACAACGUGAAAGUUACCACCAAUUGGUUCUUUCACCUUUGCUCUGCGAUUAUGUUCGAGCGGUGGCUUGUGAAGCACGCAAUGGAGCUUAAGGCCAAUUCGCGUGGCAUCCUCUUCCACAACCACUUUCACCUCGGACUCGGCUUGGAAGAGCUCGACAUCCCUCCUACUACGGACUUGCUUAUCCCUGCGGAAGCUGAGAUGGUGACUUUCCCACCUGAGGCACCGCCCGUGCAACGCUUCCCAGAGGAGGAGAUUGUCUUGAACCAGCCGAUCCUCAGCUUGGAAAAGCUUGACGAGCUUGAGGGUGUACCGCCCACUGACUACGUCAAUGAAGUGGCGAAAGAAUCAGAGGAGAUCACGGUUGAGGACGUUGUGUCUCGUAACCCGAAUCCGGAGGACGAGCACCUCACCAUGGAACAGAUCGUUCGGAACAUGAUUGAGUCGGUGAACCUGGUGAUGUCAGAUAAGGAGGCUGAAGAGGUCGCCCAAGAAACGGGUGUUGCUCCCUAUGAGUACGUCGAGCCGAAUGUCACAGCUACAUUCGUUGUGGAUGGUGAAGCAGUCUCUACGAUUGCUACUUCCGACAUCCCGACGGAAGUCUGGGACUCCGGUCCGAUGGCUGUGGACUACGGCGCAGACGAUGAUGAGGAGCAUCCCCGCGGAAGUGGUGGACCCAUCUGGCUUACUCCGGAUCAGCUGCCUGAUGUCAAGGGUCGCAUGGGAUACUUUCGCCUCACUGAGAUGGAGUGUGUUUCGUUGGGCAAGAAGCUGUCGUGGCACUUGCGUGGGCAUGCCAAGGACAAGGGAUUCCGCACUGUUGAGUUCGACGAAGAACAGUCCGCAGAGAUUGGAGAUGUCUUGAAGGUCAUUGGGAAACAGUGGUCCCGCCUGACGGUGAUGACCAUCAUUGAUCUGUUGACGUCAGAUCACUGUGACAAGGCACGGUUCGAACUCCAGGCGGAAGCCUUGGACGAGGAUACACGGUUGGGCCGAAGAACAAACUGGCACUUUACCCGUGUCCGAGCAUUCCAAGGACACAAUGCUUGCCUGCUCGUCCUCGGCAGCGACCCGCUGAAGACCACUGUCAAGCAGUGGGCCCUCGAUGACAAAUGA